GGCGGUGCUGCCGGCUCGGCCCGGAACACGCUAGUGGAGCGGAAGAUGGCGGCGGCAGCAGCGGCCGCCUCUGGGACCACUCUCUGGCUUAGGUGGAGGAGCCGCUGGCUCUGAUCUCGCUCUGGCUCCUGUGCGGGCGGCGGGGAGUGUGCGAGGCCCGGCGCGUCGGGCAGGGGCGGCGGCCAUUGCGCGCCGCCCUGAGGAGCGCCCCGGCAGCGGCGGUUCGGCUGCGGCUGAGGAGAGAACCGGCUCCGGGCCUCCGCGUCCUCCUCCUCCUCAGGACCCCCGCCUCCUCGGGGGGGCGGCGGCGGCGAUGUUCUCUGUCCUCUCGUACGGGCGGCUGGUGGCCCGCGCCGUGCUCGGCGGCCUCUCGCAGACCGACCCUAGGGCCGGGGGCGGCGGCGGCGGUGGCGGUGGCGACUACGGGCUGGUGACGGCGGGCUGCGGCUUCGGCAAGGACUUCCGUAAGGGCCUCCUCAAGAAGGGCGCGUGCUACGGGGACGAUGCGUGCUUCGUGGCCCGGCACCGCUCCGCCGACGUGCUCGGGGUGGCAGAUGGUGUAGGAGGAUGGAGAGACUAUGGAGUUGACCCAUCUCAGUUCUCAGGGACUUUAAUGCGAACGUGUGAACGUUUAGUAAAAGAAGGACGGUUCGUACCAAGUAAUCCCAUUGGAAUUCUUACCACAAGCUACUGUGAGUUGCUACAAAAUAAAGUACCUUUGCUUGGUAGCAGCACUGCCUGCAUUGUGGUGCUGGACAGAACUAGCCACCGCUUACACACGGCGAACCUGGGUGAUUCCGGCUUUCUAGUUGUCAGGGGUGGCGAGGUUGUGCACCGAUCAGAUGAGCAGCAGCAUUACUUCAACACUCCAUUCCAGCUCUCAAUUGCUCCCCCGGAAGCUGAGGGAGUCGUCUUGAGUGACAGCCCGGAUGCUGCUGAUAGCACCUCUUUCGAUGUCCAGUUAGGAGACAUUAUCCUGACAGCAACAGAUGGACUCUUUGACAACAUGCCUGAUUAUAUGAUCCUUCAGGAGCUAAAAAAGUUAAAGAAUUCAAAUUAUGAGAGUAUACAACAGACUGCAAGAAGCAUUGCUGAGCAAGCUCAUGAGCUGGCCUAUGAUCCGAAUUAUAUGUCACCUUUUGCACAGUUUGCAUGUGACAACGGAUUGAAUGUGAGAGGUGGAAAGCCAGAUGACAUCACUGUCCUUCUCUCAAUAGUGGCGGAGUAUACAGACUGACUCACCCAGCUGUUCACUCCUGCCUUCCCUCAUCAUCCCACUUGUCCCUGCCAUGUGUGCUGAUCCUGCUGGCAGGACCACGUUUCUUUGCCACUGAUCUCAAUGGCCAGUGAUGUAAGCCUUUUGCCUGUCUUUUUGAGAUCCGUUGAGAUCUUUGUUGAGAACCACUACUAUCGUUCUAGCUUGUAUCUGCCAGCAACAACUGAAGAGGUACAAGAUUUGAAGAUUGGCCUUCAUUUCUCAUGGAGAUCUUCAAAGCCUAUUACUUUUCAAAGGCUAUUACUUUUCACAAGCAGUUGAAAUACAGAAAAUGAGUAAUGUUGGUAAAGUGAAUUCAAAAUUACAGUGUGUUAAAGGGAUUUUAAAAGUCUAACACAAAUUGUACGUCUACUAAAAAACAUACAUCAUUCAUCAAAAGAAAUGUUACACAUAUACUCCACAGGUGUUGUCUUUGUUAUGAUGAUUGGGUGUGGCAUUAUGUUUUCAUUAAAAACUCCUAUUUUCCAGGAGUUUAUAAUUCUGCUCUAAAACUGCCCUGGGUUAUGAAACUUUGAUCCCCAGAGCUUUUUAGUUACAAAUUGGAAGGAAAGUUAAUUUUAGUUUUAUGGUUGCAAAUGUUCUGUGCUUUUAAAAAGAUGCUGUGUUCCUGUGAUUAAAGUUUUGGCAGUUUAUUGAUUAGUCCACAUCACAGGCUGGUGGCCUGAUCUAGAGGAGAGGGUGAGGAAGGAGACACCUUACCAAAAAUUUUUAAUGGAAAUACUAUUCAAGGUUAUAAAACUCCUCAAAGCCUAGAAUUUACUGUUAUGGCUGAAGUUUUUCCCUGCUGUUCGAAAGGAUGCCCUAGAUGGGAUUUCUAGGCCCUAGGCCUGAUGGGUUGAGAACAGACAGCUGUAGCUAGAAAGUUCACUGGCUUUGAUGGUCUGCUGCCCAUCGUGCCCUCCAGCCUUCCCUUAGGAGCCCUGCUUUCCUAGAGCAUGCACCGAAUUCACUGCAGCCACCUGGCAAGCGCACCGUACAAAGUGCAGUGGCCAUCAUACAAAGCCCAUGAGGAAAACUAGUGAUGAUCUGACAUUGCAAUUACCCCAAGCAGAAAUCUAGGGGUUUCUGAAUCAAGCUUAAUGUUUACAGUUUCCGAAUAGCCAUUUGCAGUGUACAGUUUCCUUAUAAAACUAUCCCGCAUUCAGUUUCCCAUUACCUACAAGCUCAAACUUAUUUUUAAGGUUUGUGUACAAGUUGACUGCUGUAAAGAUAUAUAUUUUUGGGUCAGUUUUUUCCUUCAUUAACUUGGUGGUAGAAAAAAAUAUAUAUAUAUACUUAGAAACCCUUAAAUUAAAGCCAUGUUUUCUAUGAGUCAGGUAACAUUGGUGUAUAGAUGAGAAUGCAAUUAAACCUGAUGAGCAUCUACUUGAGAACACAGAAUGUCUUUUCUCUAAAGGAGAUACUGACUCCCUGGUUUAUUGCAUUAAAACUUAUGUUUGAGGUUACCUCAACUUCUUUUAAAAGAUUUUGUUUUGUGAAAUUGUACUGUAUAUUUGAGUAACUGUUGAGCUUUUGUUUUAUUUAAAAUUGUUUAACAUGUACCAUGUACAUGUCAUUACUAUAUUUCAAUGCAUCAUGCUUGUAACAGGCAUUUCAUUUAUAAUAAGAAUGAGUUAUUCAUUUGUAAACCAUUCAGUAAUUUAUGUACUAUUCCUAAAUUGGCAUAAUGUUAGAUACCUAUUUUGAAUCACCUUUAAUUACAUGUCAGAAUGCCUUAACUACCCUAACUUGAUAAAACCGAAUUCUUUGAUAGAGGAGAUGGGGGUGGGGUGGGGGUGGAGGGAGACUGUUUCAGUAAGGAGAAAUCAUCAUGCUCUGAUCGAACACAAAGCAUGAGUGGCAAGUGGUGGGGUAUUUAUUUUGCACAAACUAUUUGCAGUCUCUCUGUAUUUAAAAAGCAAAGAAAGUUGCAUCCAGAAAGGGUUUGUUAAAAGGAAUACAUUUAUACUAGACUGAUGACUUCAGCUCUAGAUUUGUAAUUAUUUUUGGUCAGAGGUAUUUAGCCUUACGAUCUGGAUAUAUUUUGCAUUAAUUUUCCGAUGCCUACGUUUAAUUCCUAGUAAGAGCAGUACUGGUCAGGUUAUUGGCUUUUCUGCUGUCAUUUAGCCCAUCAAACAAUGUGUGACAUGAAGCUAAAUUGGUGGUGUUUUGCAGACUCAUUUAAUCAACUUACUUUUUUGAGAAAUGAUAGAAAUCAACAAUGUGGUUGUUUCAAUGACACUGAAAAUAAUGGGACAAGAACUAAGUUCCACAGUGGAAUUGACUUUGGACCAGGCCUAUAGGUUAGUGACAUAAAAUUUUCUACUUUCUUUUUUCCCUGUCCUUUUUGUGUUAUGCACUUAAUUUUAUAACUGCCAGGGAUAGGCAGAGUGCUGCUUAACAAGUAACUCUCCUUUUCCUCUCAAUGUCAGAGGCUAUGUUGGUCCUAGAAUAGAAUUUUCCAAGCCACACAUCCAAGCUUCUACAGUGUGACUGAGCUGUACCACUUGGUGGGGUCUGAUUCUGAACCUGGUGUGUGUGUGUGUGUGUGUGUGUGUGUGUGUGUGUGUGAAUUGUAUUUUAAAUCAAGCAGUGUAAACACAUUUGGCUCAUGUAAUGGAGUUUUAUAACAAAGGAGAAAAUUUGGAUUUCUAAUUUACAAAUGGCAAAUUAUUUAUCCUUCUCUGGAUUCACCAAAGACCAGUAAAGUUUAUAGCUUUUCCAUCUAUAUUUAUAAAGCAAUACUGUAUUAUAAAAAUCAAUAUUUUUAUCACAUGCUUGAAAUUUUUAUUUUGUUCUGUUUUAAAAUGUGCACUCUGAACAUAUCAGAACCUUAUUUCUUCCUAUGAACUUAAGCUGCCUGCGCACACACACACAAAAAAAUUACCAAAUGGUGAUGCAUAUAUAGAGUCCAUAGGGUCUUAACAAACUGAAAGAAGGAAUGAGGGGGAAAAACAAGUUGUUUGUCCUGAAUUACUAUACUGUACUUGUGUGACAUGGUUGAUGGGUACUGGCUCACAGAACCAUUCCAGGUAUGUGUGUCCGGGGGUUGGGCUGCAUCUAGAGUAGAAACUCGGUCCGGGGCUUUGCGCAGUGGGAGGGCACUCUCUCCUGUCAGCCACAUACGUUCUAGAUAGAGUAGCCCGCAGAUGGACAUUACCUUCAGUACCACCAACCUAUUAUAAUAUCAAGUAACAAGGCAGGAGUCGGAGAAGUUACUGAGUCUGUUUUGGAAAUGGUUGACAGGAUUGGCUAGAACUGUAAAUGUUUGUACUUUCGGAUAAGUUCAUGGUUCCUUGUCAUCCUAUGCCAGCUAUCUUUGAUAGAAGCUACAGCAUUCAGUUUCUCUAGAAACUGAGUCACAUUUUUGAAUUUAGCAAAUUUUACCUUGCCUAAAAAAAAAUCUGCUUUAAAAAUAAAACAUGAAGCAGAAAACCUUUGGAUUGUAUUUGUUUAAAAAAAUAAAUUUGUUGUAAAAUUGAACUUCUCAACUAAAAAGAAUAUUCAUGUCAAAAUUUGUUAGCAGGUAGUUGUGGCAAAGAUGGCUAAAUAAUGAAACAAAUUUGAAUCUGUGUAUACUAAUGAGCUGCUUUUUCUGUUGAGACUAUCAUUAUUUGUCUUACCCAGGAGGCAAUUACCUGAAUUGGACAUCAGAAAUAUAACUUAUGCAGGAAUAGUUCUGUAAAUACAUUUAAAUAAACUGUAAAGGUAUUUAAUAAAUAUAGUAUUUAUACUAA